AUGGACUUCGACGAUGACGACUGGGACCUCGAUUCCGACGACAUCAGAAUCAACAAUGAAGACGCCAUCGAAAAUUUGAAGCGCAAACCCGACUGUGACUACGACAGUCCGUACGACCCCAAUCGAGUACGGAAAUGGACGGAAGACCCCUAUCACCGAGCCAAACACCAAAAGCUUCGUCCAGACAGAGACGAAGCCGUUCACCUCUUCGACUACAAGCCCAUCGAUCCCUCCGACAGCAUCAGCCUGAUCGAAGAAGAUGAGCAGUACCAGGACCGGAUAGCGACUAUGAAAGAGGAGAUGGUGACGAAGCGCCAGGAACUGGAGGAUACCAUACCGAAUCACGAGAAUCUGCCAUUCGCGGAUAUUGUGACCGACAACUUUGAGUUCUCCGGCCCUAUAGUGACGACGACGUGGGACAAGCGGUGGGUUCAUCGCCGCCGGUUGUUCGAGGCAAGAUGGAAUUCGCGGCGGAAUUCACUUUGA